AGUUCGCCUGGUUGACAGAUUGAACGCACUCUCCGGGAAUGGGACCUCUACUGAGUUCAAAGAAAAUCUUCGAGUUCUUUCGCGUUUACGCUCUGCAGAAACUACUUUUCAAACUGCAGGGAUAGUUGUUACUGCAGGUGACGACUGACGGCAGCAGGGGCGCCUGGCCGACGCACGAGAAGCUGUCGGUUUGUCACAAGGUUUCAGAAGAGUAACUUUAACACCUUAAAGUAGACUCUGAUUAAUUCGAUGAGCGCGUUGCAGUUUCACACCAACUGUAGUUCAGCCGAGUCGUGCGUAAAAUAGCUGUGCGUAAAGUUGGCGCUGUUGUGCAUCGGGGCAGCCAAAAGAAGAACGCACUCGAGUUAAGCUUUGUAAAGUUUGAGUCUGCGACAACUUGUGAGGACUUUGACAAUCAUGGCAAAAUGGUUUAGAGAUUUUCCCAUCAACCUGAAGAAUGGAAGCGAACGGGUCCGCUCGGCGUCAGAGUCUGGUCCACAAACUCGACCCAAACCUUCGUUUUCUCGGGACAGUCUGAAAGGAAAUCAUCGAAAGGACGGCGGUGUGGGAGGUUUAUUAGCAGGGAGAAAUAGGAAAAAUUCUGCGAUAGAAUUAGGUCGAAACAACGCGGGCUCAGGUGGGACAGUGUGGGACAGUCUAAGUCCUGGAAAAGGUCGCAAGAACUCCAAGAACGAGGCAGGGAGUGGGACAGCAGACGAGAACCGUCCGGUGAGGACGUCUAGUCUGGCGCAAGCGUACAUCAACAGGAUGAUCAAAGUGGACAAGCAAGACAAGACUCCCAAACUGAACGGGAUAAGUGAGCAGAAGGUGAUCGAGAACGAGCGCAGGUCGGAUAUUAAAACAACGCUGAUUAUCUUGGAAGACUAUGCAGAUCCUUUUGAUGCAGAGAAAACCAAGGAGCAGAGAGAGGCUGAGAGAGCAGGAGUGAAUGAUGGGUACAUGGAGCCAUAUGAUGCCCAGGUCAUCAUCACAGAGGUUCGCAGACGAGGCUCCAAAGACCUCCUGAAGGUUUGUGUUCUGCUUGAUCGAGGCCAUGGGGAGCAGAUGGGAGACGAUCCUAAACCCACGCCCCCCAAUAUCUAUGACAUACCAUACGAGGGCGAACUGAAGAGUGACAGUGAGGGGGUGUGGAUCCCUGUGACACGACCAGAGUCUGACGGCCGUCCUGCCGGAGAAUACGAGCUGCCCUGGGAGUGGAGGAAGGAGGACAUUGUUCGAGCUCUGUCAGCUCAGUUUGAAGCCAUGGAUUGUUCUCUGAGUAAAGAGAGCGGGUCAGCCGCCAGCCGCCAUCAACAACAGCAGACUCUGAGACAGAAGAACUGGAGCCACAAAACACUGAUCUCCUCGUCUCCAUCCUCCCCCUCUUCGCCAUCCUUCCCCUCCUCUCCCAUUCUCAAGCUUUCCCCUCUCACACCUCCAUCUCCUUCCUACCCCACACUCAAACUCUCCCCACUUUCACCCACUUCCCCACCUAAUAAGCUUUCCACCCCGCCUCCUGUCUCCCCCGGUGCCCCACUAGAAGGGGAAGCCAUCAAAGUAGACCCCAACCUGCCCCUGGAGAAGCAAAGUUGGUACCACGGCAGUGUGAGUCGGCAGCAGGCUGAGGCUCAGCUGCAGCGCUGCAAGGAAGCCAGCUUCCUCGUGAGAGACAGCGAGUCAGGAACCAGCAAAUACUCCAUCGCUCUAAAGACCAGUCAGAAUUCUGUGCAUAUCAUCGUGGCUCAGACUAAGAGCAGUAAGGGCCUGGGCUACACGCUGGAUCAGAGUAGCUGUGUAUUUUCCAGUAUCCCUGAGCUGGUCCAUCACUACUGCACGCACAGACUGCCUUUCACUGGAGCCGAGCACAUGAGCCUACAGCAUCCUGUUCCCAGGCCACAAUGAGCAAGGAACAAACAAAUAUAAGAGACACAAAUACACGUGUGCAGAGACACAUGUGCUAUCUGCAAAUGCAAAGAGAUGCAGCUAAAUAUUUUAAUGCAUGUGUAUUCACACAUACAAACAUAUGCUGCUUUGGAUUCUUUUGUGUCCUACUUACAAGUGCAUCCA